AUUCCGUCUUUCUGCCCCCGGAAAUACGUCAUCUUCCUUUUCCGCCGCUGCUCCGGCGCCCUGAAACACGAGUGCCGAUCUUUUCUCUUUUUUACCGGAGACUGUCUGAAUCUACUUAAUCGACUGGUUACGUUCAGCUCAUCAAAAUGAGACCCAUCCUGCUUCAGGGCCACGAGAGGUCCAUCACCCAAAUCAAGUACAACCGAGAGGGGGACCUCCUGUUCUCUGUCGCCAAAGACACGGUAACCAACGUGUGGUACUCUGUCAACGGGGAGAGGCUCGGCACCUACAAUGGACACACAGGAGCUGUGUGGUGUGUGGACUGCGACUGGGACACUAAAAACGUAUUGACGGGGUCUGCAGAUAACAGCUGUCGACUGUGGGACUGUCAGACUGGUAAACAGCUGGCGCUGCUCGACACCAACUCUGCUGUCAGAACGUGCGGCUUCGACUUCAGCGGCAACAUCAUCAUGUUCUCCACAGACAAGCAGAUGGGCUACCAGUGCUUCCUGAACUUCUUUGACCUGAGGGAUCCACAGCAGAUCGAAGACAACCAGCCCUACCUGUCGAUUCCAUGCAGUGACCACAAGAUAACCAGCGCCGUGUGGGGCCCGCUGGGAGAGUACGUCAUCGCCGGCCAUGAGAACGGAGAGUUCAACCAGUUCAGCGCCAAGUCCGGAGAGAUCGUCAAGAAGGCCAAGGAGCACACCAAGCAGAUCAAUGACAUCCAGUCAUCAGUGGAUCUCACCAUGAUCAUCAGCGCCUCCAAGGACAACACUGCCAAGCUGUUUGACGCCGCCUCUCUGGAGCACAUCAAGACCUUCAGGACAGAGAGACCCGUCAACUCUGCCGCCAUCUCCCCCGACAUGGAUCACGUGGUGAUGGGAGGUGGACAGGAGGCCAUGGAGGUCACCACUACCUCCACCAGGAUCGGCAAGUUCGAGGCCAGGUUCUUCCACGCGGCCUACGAAGAGGAGUUCGGCAGGGUCAAGGGUCAUUUCGGCCCCAUCAACUGUGUGGCAUUCCACCCCGAUGGCAAAAGCUACAGCAGCGGAGGAGAGGACGGAUACACGAGGAUUCAUUACUUUGACCCACAGUACUUUGACUUUGAGCUGGAGGCGUAAACGACGCAGUCAGACUGUCCACUAACCACCCGCCUCUUUCCCCUCAUUGAACUGAUCUGUAAUCAGCGCAUUUCUCACCAGUUGCUUCAAAUAAAGGUAGAGAGGUUGGGACUGCAUCUCA